AUGGAAAAUGAUUUGUACUUUCAAAAUCAAACUCAUUUAAUAGAAAUUGAAUCAAAUUUGCAAAAUAUUCACCAUAGAAUAAAGAAAAGAUCGUUAAAUUUUCCAAAAGGAAGUGCUUUUGUGAUGACAAUGUCAGUAGUGAAAACCCUUCCCAUAAAAGGGUUCACCUGGAAUCAAGUUCAUGAGUUUGAUGUCAUUUGGCCAAUAUCAAACGGAUCGGAUAAACCAAAUCCAAAACGAAAAAUGCAGUACCAAAAGAUGAAAAAAUAUCGACCACCAUAUUGGAGGAAUAGAAUUCAUAGAAGGGAAUUAUAUUCUAAUUUUGAAUUGGCUCUCGAAAGAUUCAAUUUACCGGGAAAAAUUUGCAUGCUGAGAACAAUUUGUGAAGCUAAAAUAUUUCUACAACCACCUGGAGUUUCCUUAAUCGAAGACAUGCUUCGUGUAAUUUUAAGGUAAUUGAGAUCGAUAAAGGGUUUUUAAUCAAGGAAUCUGGAAAUCAGAAAUAUUUGACUUUUUUGCCUUAAGAAGAUUUUCAUUGAUUUUGAAAUAGCUUCUGC